AUGUCCUCCUUUUUCACAAUCCCCGGAUCGAACAAAAAGAGGAAAAGGACGGCCGCUCCCGAGGCCCCUAAGAAGCGAAUUGCAGCCCCCAAGACCGCGAACCGGGCCCCUCCAAGAGCAGCCGCUGGCAAAGGGAAAAACAGUAGCACGACUGGCGCAAAAUCAGCAACACCUGCCUCUAAGAAGCGAAUUGAGCGUGACGACGACGACGAAUCGAUCUCGGGUAGCGAUUCUGAUGAUGAGAGCAUAGUCAGCGCCGAGUCAGAAGAGGGCAAUGGCUCGGAAGACGAGGAUGACGUCCCCGGCGAGACUGCUGCAGAACGCCGGUUGAGACUUGCAGAGCAGUACCUCGAGAAUGUGAAGCAGCAAGUGGACGAGGCAGGCUUCGAUGCCGCCGAGAUUGAUCGCGAUUUGAUCAACGAGCGCUUACAAGAGGAUGUGGCCGAGUCUAAAGGCAAAGUCUACCGUCAGCUUGCCUCUGAACUUGCCUUCGAUCGUGCGACCUCAUCUUUCUUCCGCAAUAACACCGAGACCUUUACCUCCGUCGCCGUUAACUUCCCCUACGCCUACACUACGACCAAGGACAUGUACGUUCACAAGUGGAGGAUACAAGAUCUGCCACAGAACCAGUUCCCCCAGACCACGCGCAAGAAGCCCAAGAAGCCGCCUGCGCCGCCGCGCAAGCGGCCUGAGUUGCAGACCUGGUUGAGGGGCAACACGAAUGCCGCCAACAACAAAUCGUUCCAGCGCCACGUUGAGAAGAUCCUCUGCGUUGCUGCCUCGCCCGACGGCAAGUACGUUGUCACCGGCGGCGAAGACCGCAGGCUCAUCAUCUAUGAUGCCGAGACCCUUAAACCUAUCCGUGUCUUUACGCACCACCGCGAUGCUGUCACCGGCCUUGCUUUCCGCCGUGGCACGAACCAGCUCUACUCAUGCUCAAAGGACCGUACUGUUAAAGUCUGGAGUUUAGAUGAGCUCGCCUACAUCGAGACAUUGUUCGGCCACCAAGAUGAGAUUGUCGACAUCGACGCCCUCGCCCAGGAGCGUUGCGUCAGUGUGGGUGCACGUGAUCGUACAGCACGUCUGUGGAAAGUUGCAGAGGAAACACAGCUUGUUUUCCGCGGUGGUGCCGUAGACAAGAAGUCCCGUCCUGACGUCGACCCGCGUUCGCUCCCUCACGAGGGCAGCAUGGACCGCGUCGCCAUGAUUGAUGACGAACUCUUCGUCACUGGUAGCGACAACGGCUCACUCGCCCUCUGGAGCGUGACAAAGAAGAAGCCAGUCCACAUCCUUCCCAUGGCCCACGGCCUGGAAGAACCCCUCCGCCCUGAUGAAGUCUCGGCGGAUCAGAACCCAGACUCGAGCAUCGUGCCUCCGCCCCAACCAAGGUGGAUCACGGCACUCAAGACUAUUCCUUACUCAGACGUUAUUCUUAGUGGAAGUUGGGACGGCUGCAUAAGAGUGUGGCGGCUAAGCGAGGACAAGAGAAAGAUUGAAGAGGCUGGUGUUCUUACAUCAGAGGCUGAUCAAGCCUCAAAAGCUGCGCCUAACGGUAAGUCAGCGGAUUUCGCUGGCGGUCUGAAGGGUGUGAUUAACGACAUUGCCAUCUUUGAGCGCGGUGAACGCGGGCAGGAUGGGAUUUGCGUUGUUGCGGCAGUGGGUAAGGAGCACAGGUUUGGCAGGUGGCAGAUGCGGAAAGGCAAGGGUAAAAACGGUGGAUACGUGUUUGAGGUGCCAAGAGUGUUGAAAAAGCCAGAGGUGAACGGCAACCAUAAUGAUGCAUCUGAUUUGGAAAGCGAGUAA